CGCCCUGUUACAGCCACCGAACGGGAGAAGGGUAGAGAUUGUAGCGGGAGCACUCUCUGGGGUUUUUGUUUCCACACUGAUUGUGACGGCGUGGGCUACUCGCCACGAUGGACUAGAGAGACGAGUUGCCCUCCGUGUGUAAAGAGCCACGAGAAAGACGCGCGCGGAGAGAUGGGCGGGAAGUCGGAGGAGGAGAGCAGCGCCUCGGAGUACGGUGAGCCAGGCAAAUAUGAUCCCAGCUUCAAUGGACCUAUACACAAGAGGAGCUGCACUGAUAUCAUCUGCUGUAUCCUGUUCAUGGCUGCCAUCGCAGGGUACAUGAUUGUGGGAAUUUUGGCCUGGCUGUAUGGAGACCCCCGACAUGUUCUUUAUCCCCGAAACUCUACUGGAAUGUUCUGUGGGAUUGGACUGAAUAAGGGAAAACCGAGUGUCUUCUACUUCGACUUGCUCAAAUGUGCCACAGCAACGAAUGUCAUGGCUGCUGCUCUCAAUGGGCUGCAGUGUCCCACCACGCAGGUGUGUGUUGAUCAGUGUCCCGGUGACUUCUGGAUUCUCUCUCCAGGAGCUUAUUUGCCGACUGCUAAAGCAAAAGAUUUCUUCCAGCAACAAUACUGCGUGCCAUCUUUCAACCUGUCCACCACCGAUCUGACAGCCAAAGAGAUUGUGGACAAAGAGCUUUGCCCAUCUUUCUACAUCCCGACCUCCUCGGUGUUGGGAAGGUGUUUGCCCAGUCUUGGUCUUCUGAACAACAUCCCCAGCAACUUCACUCUGCCCGGGAUGGCCUCUGUCAAUGACACCGCUAACGCUCUGAAAAAUGCAACAAGUGAUGUGCUGUCAGGGUUCAAUCUCAGGCAAGUUGGGGUGAGGAUCUUUGAAGAUUUCGCCUCCUCGUGGUACUGGAUCCUCAUUGGUCUUCUGAUAGCCAUGUUGUUAAGCCUUAUUUUCCUCCUCCUGUUGCGGUUCAUGGCACCUGUCCUGGUUUGGCUUCUCAUAGUGGGAGUUCUGGGGGUGGUUGCCUAUGGAAUUUGGCACUGCUACUGGGAGUAUGACAACUACAAGAACUCCAGCACAACCAUCUCUAACCUGGGCUUUACCACCAACUUUUCUGCCUAUCUGCAAGUCAAGGAGACCUGGCUAGCAUUCUUGAUCAUCCUAUGCAUAUUAGAGGCCAUCCUGCUCCUGGUCCUGCUCUUUCUGCGGACCCGGAUCCUCAUUGCCAUUGCCCUCAUCCAAGAGUCCAGCAAGGCGGUGGGUCACAUGAUGUCCACAUUGCUCUACCCACUUGUCACUUUUGCGCUGUUGAUUGUGUGCAUUGCCUACUGGGGAAUCACUGCUCUAUAUCUGGCCACAUCUGGAGCUCCCAUUUACAAAGUGGUGGCUCUCAACUCCUCCACAAAUAGCUGCUUGGCCAUUAAUGGAACUGAGACCUGCGACCCACUGUCCUUCAAUUCCUCAGCCUAUAUGUCCUGCCCCUCCGCCCAGUGCAUCUUCAUCAAAUACAACACGGAAGGCCUUUUCCAGCAGAACCUGUUCAAUCUUCAGAUUUAUAAUGUGCUGGCCUUCCUUUGGUGUGUAAACUUUGUAAUCGCGCUGGGCCAGUGCACGCUGGCCGGCGCCUUCGCCUCGUACUACUGGGCAUUCAGCAAGCCGUCCGACAUCCCCACAUUCCCGCUGUCCCAGGCCUUCAUCCGCUCACUACGGUACCAUGUGGGCUCCCUGGCCUUUGGGGCUCUAAUCCUCACCAUUGUCCAGUUCAUCAGAAUUGUGCUGGAGUACCUGGACCAUAAGUUCAGAGCUGCACAGAACCCCUGUGCACGAUUCAUCAUGUGCUGCCUGAAAUGCUGCUUCUGGUGCCUGGAGAAAUUCAUCAAGUUCAUCAACCGCAAUGCCUACAUCAUGAUUGCCAUAUAUGGAAAAAAUUUCUGUGUUUCUGCCAAAAAUGCUUUCAGCCUGCUGAUGAGGAACAUAUUGAGGGUGGUGGUUCUGGACAAGGUGACUGAUCUGCUGCUGCUGUUUGGAAAGCUUUUGGUGGUCGGAGGAGUUGGUGUUCUGGCCUUUUUCUUCUUCUCUGGGCGAAUCCAGCUGCCUGGCAACGCCUUCAACUCUCAAACACUCAACUACUAUUGGGUCCCUAUCAUAACUGUGAUAGUGGGAGCGUACCUUAUCGCCCAUGGGUUCUUCAGUGUGUACAACAUGUGUGUGGACACCCUCUUCCUCUGCUUCUUGGAAGACUUGGAACGAAAUGAUGGCACAGUGGAGAAACCAUACUACAUGUCUAAGAAUUUAAUGAAGAUCCUCAAUAAGAAGAACAAAGUCCCAAAAGGGGGUAAAUGAGGAGACAAACUACUCCACCUUUUAAUGUUGAAUCUUUUGUCAAUUUGCAUUCAUGAUAGUGAUCUGUUUAUGCCUUUUCCUGUUUUCCUUCCUGUCUCUCUUAUUGAGUCUAGGUUUACACAGUAUGAAUGUCUCUUUUUGCACUUUAAACCAAUCAUUUUGAGUGUCAAAAUGUGGCCUUAGCAGUGACUCAGGAAUCGGAACCAGCGCUUUGGUCAGCUAGUCCUUGUGUAAAGGUAGUGAAAGUCUCAUUGUCAAUGUCCGCCGUUAUAGCAACACUGUCCUGGCUCUGAGUUCAUGCUGUAGAGGACAAAUUAAGGGCACUUUUUUGUAAAGCAAAAGUCUUUAAGGUUGUAUGGCUUUAACUGAAGGUACUUAUUUUUAAACUGUUUUUCAGUGUGUACUCAGUUACAUUUUAAAGCCACUUUCAUCAUGUCAUAGAAGCUUAAAUUGUGAAGUAAUGGAAAAAUUUGUGGACAUUAUCUUUCAAUACCAACUACAAAAUGUAACAUAAUGCAGACCCCUCUAGUGGGUUUCAACUACAGUUGUGUUCAGACCUGAAAUGCAGUCUCAGGUUGUAUAGUACUAUAAUCUGUAUUUAAUCUUAUUUUCUUUGAUUUUAUUAAAAUCUUAUACUUUGCACCAUUAGUUGCAAGACUGGUGUAAUGCAGAAACUUUUAAUAAAAUAUUUAACUCACAAGCAGUUCAGUAAAACUGAAUGCCAUUCUUAUGUGCCCUUGAAAUAUUUUCUACCCAAUGUUUGAGAAAACAGUGCAUCUCAUCUCCAACCUCCCACAACAUGACCAAAUAAAAUUCAGCCCUCAAACAAUAGGAGGGAAGACAAAGCCAAAAAUGUGGUGCCUUGGC